CUGUAGCAUUGUACUCCGUUCACAACAGGAUGUAGCAAGUGCGUAUGGCAACCGUUUCCAACCAUAUGUCAUUUGUCUUGUUGAUUUUGUUCUACGUAUUCGUUUCACUGUGCGAAGCACGCACGUGCUAAACUAUAAACAAGCCAUUAGGAUCUGCAAAUAAUUUCCUUUUUAAUCCGAUCCUAUCUAUUCCAGCAGUCGCGAUGAGCAAAAAGCAUGUUUCACGCAAACUGAAGUCGGCUUGGCGCAAGCAUAUCGAUAUAUCGGACGUCGACCGAUUUCUCGAGGAACAGCGGCAAGAUGAGCGUGCCGGUGGUGGUAAAAUCGGGGAAAAGCCCGAUGUGGAGCUGUUUACCGAGGACAGGAAAACGAGCGCAUCGAAACCGACGCUGCGGGAAAUACGGAAAAAGAAAUUCGACGAGCUGCCCAGAUCCCUGCUGCCGCUCGUGAACACAUCGAACGUGAGCGAUCCGAUUGUGAAGCGCAAUAUUAAGAAAAACAGAAAUCCCAUAGCGCCGGUAGCACCGACACCGGUGCGGAUAAAGAAACGGGGCCGACCGAGCGGUAUCGCACCGGCCACAGCGGAAGAUAUAUGGGCCAAGGAUCCUGUGCCCGCGGAGCUGAAAAACGAAUGGAUCGGGAAGGAACUGUUGCACCACACGCUCCGGAACGUUGGCAAACCGUUGGUGACCAAUCUCCCUGCACGGAUGGACAAAGCGCAGCGAGUGCUGCCGUUGCGCAAAAAACUACCGGACGAAGGUCUCAGUUACAAUCCCGCAAUCGACGAUUACCUUAAGCUGAAGCAGCGCGUAAUCAAACAGGAGCAAGCGGUCAUUAAGAAGGAGCAACACUACGAUCGUGUGGUAACGCAAAUGUUCGUGAAGGUAACGCCCGAGGAGAGGCACAUUACAGAGCUGAAGGAAAUGUCGGAAGGUUUGGUUACUGCGGUAAAGCCCGAACCAGAGAAUAAAGCACCUGCAUCAAAGGCUAAAGAAGCUCCCGCUGAAGAAGCUGCCGCCGAAGAUGCUGCCGCCGACACGCCGCCAGCAGUCGUUGUGGCGAAGCGUAAAAAGCCAAUAUCGCGUGCGAAAAAACGAGCGCGUGAAGUGCAGGAGCAGGAAGAAAAAUUGAUCCAGCGGGAAAUAAGCAAACUGAUCGCGAUCGACAAUCUGGACGAGAUCAGCAAGGAGAUAGAGAAGAACGAGCGUAAAGCUAAGUUGAUAGCGAAGAAACGGGCAAUCAAGAAGAAGGUCCUGAGGUCCAGGAUUAAAAUGCCCCUUGAAUUUGUUGAGCCACAGCAGUUGUCGGGUAGCUUGCGAACGAUUCAACCGCUCACAAAUCUACUAGCUACGGGACUGCCGAAAGCACGUAAAGUUGCCAUCCUGCAGAGAUCGCGUGGUGAGGUGGAGCGUAAGAAGCAUCGUGUUAAGAAAGUACGCUACACUCGCAGCUCGCACAAAGAACUUGUGCCGGAAAGUAAAGCUUGAAUGGUGAUGUGACUCAAAGAAACGGCUGGCGUUAAUUAUUCUGCAACGCUUUAUUACUUUUUUUUUGCAAAAUCAUCUAUUUUAUAAAAAGCAUUUGAAUGAGUUGGGUCGUGAGCGAUACUAUUUUGAUUGGGAAUUUCCAUUAUCUGUUGUACCGGCAAACCAUAUAAAGCAUGUAAAAUAAUAACAAGAAAUAAAACAGGAAUGUCUAUUGGCGGUCCGCUCGAUUCGAAA